UCAAGAUGAAGUCAAUAGCUGCAGUGCAUCUCGGUUCCUUGGGGAUCCUCCUUGUCGCCAUGACUUUCGCUCUAGCCGAAACUGAGCUGCUCGAGCGACAACCGAGGCUAUCAAAAUAUCAAGAUGCAUGGAAGUCAUUGACGGUGCCAGGACGUUACUACUUGUAUAUGAGGUCAUACGAAGACGAGCCGUUCUAUGGGGCAGACAGAAAAUGUGUCUUUAACGAACUAGUCUCCAUCAACGAGGAAGAAAAAUACACCGUCAGCACGUUCGGAUCUACCAGUACGAAGGACGGCACGACGAGCACGCAAACGGCCUACGCAUGGGCGCAUGCAUCUGAGGGCUACACGGUGCCGAAUGUUAUCGAAGCGUCAAACUCAAAAGAAAAACUCUUCACCCUGGAGUAUCCAGUAGCUUUCUCGGAGUACGAUAACUGCGACAUACUGAGGGUUCCUCACCGUGGCAAUGCCUGCGAGCUUUGGGCAAAAGAAGGCAAGAUACAUCAGAUCAAGUCGCUCUGCUUCUACGUUUUCCACCUUCUCUGCGGACCAGAAAAGUACUUCGUCUAUGACAGAGACCUUUGCAGUCGAGAAGUGGUUCCUUGUGAUUAAUAAUUAGUACGAUGAA